AUGAUUAUGUUAUUUCAGCAACCAAUACGAAACUUUGUUCCUAUCACAUCGUAUCAAAACGAUGUGAAUUACGAUGGUAGCUACACUUACAGUUACAUAUCGGGUGAUGGUCAGCAGCAGCAGGCGCGUGGUUACAUUAAAAACUUGGGCCAAAAAGAGAUCGAAACGCAAGUUGUGCAGGGCAGUUACAGCUAUACAUCCCCAGAGGGCCAGCCCAUCACGGUUACGUAUGUCGCCGAUGAGAACGGUUUCCGCGCUGAGGGCGCCCAUCUACCAACUCCGCCGCCAAUUCCACAAGCGAUUGCGAAAGCCCUGCAGUACAUUCGAAGCGUGCAGCAUCAACCGAUUGGAUUUAAUCAAAAUCAAUUCAACCAGCAGCAACAACAACAACAACAACAGCAACAGCAACAGCAACAGCAACAAGACACCUUCAACAAAUUCGGAUGAAAUUUCGGCAGACCAUCCAUUUUAAACAUGCAUUAGCUUUACCUUUUUUUAGAAAAUACUUUUUGCAUAUAUUUAAAUGAUUCAAUAAGGAAUUUUAUCCAUAUUCAACCUCCCUGCUCCACCCAAAAAAAAGCUUAUCCUAGUGAUUUCACAGUACUGUAAAUGAAAUCGAAAUCAUUGAACGGUACACAAAUCUUAAACAAUUUUUGAAGCAAACAAAAGACAUUUCAUAUUAUACCUAAUCCUUCAAAUCAUCUAUCUUCACAAUCGACACAAUCAUAUAUUGUUUUGCACCCAUUGAAUUCCUUACAUUGAUUUCUCUUUCCUACACUGCUAUACUUAGUUCACAUCAUCUAUUUCCAAAUAUUUUUCCGCAUUCUAAUUUCAAUAAACUCACAUCACAUCCUUCUCUCUAUCCUCUGCCACAAACUUUUGAAACAUUUUUCAAAUCGAAAUCGGUACAAAAAGCCUUUCGUUAUAUUUCUUAUUGCUAAUUUUUACACCUUUUCCAUUUAAAGUUCGAAAUAAAUCAAGACAACGAAUGCAAAUAUGCA